UUACGUGAAAAUUAGAUAAAAAUUGUUAAUUCGAAUUAAAAAGGAUAAAUAUUAACAUACGAUUCUUUUGUCGAUAAGAACAGUGAAAUUGAAUCAAAUUAACAGUGCAAACAGUGUUGUGAUUAUUUAGCUUUACGUAGAGGCUGUGAAAAUAAGAACCUUUUAUUUGCUGGUGCUAUUUUUGCACUAGAAUGAGGGUUAGAAAAUAGUUUAUGUGGACAUAAAUUGCUCGUUACAAAUUAUCGUAAAGUCGUAAUUGAAAGUGGAAUUGCAUUUGAUGAUCGAUGCAUUAUAAACUAUUAUUUAUUUCCCAGUUAUCUUUAAUUUUCAUUAAUUAUACUAUUAAAUGCUAAAUUGGACGAAUAGCUUUCAUAGUAAUUCAAACACAGUUGGUUUGUUAUUUAAGAUAAUACUUGUAGAGUCACAAGCUUAAUAAUAAAUUGUUUUCAUUGUAAAAAUACUAACCUAGAAAAUUCAACAAAGGCGGUGGCUUCAGCUUGUAAACAAUAAUUAGUCGUUUAUAUAUUUACAAUAUAAAAUAUCGUAGAUAUUGUAAAAUAUUACACAUAUAUUAUUCGUGGUCUAAUAAUAUUCUUUGCCAGAUCAGAAAGUGCAAUCGUAUGGCUAAUGACCUACAAUUUCCAUAUUUCGCUUUUAUGCCAUUAUAAUCAACAACUUUUCGAUGUAUUGACGAUAACACAUAUCUAAUCAUAUUACCUGAACUGUUAUCAAAAUUUUUUGUUCGCGAAUUAUGUUCCGAUAAAUAUUUUCAUAUUGUGUGAAUUAGUAUGAACCUUGUCCUAAAACAUGAAUUUGUGCUCCCUAGAUCAUAGAUCAUAAUCAAAAAUAAAAUGAAUGUUAAUUGUGAUGGGGAAAUGAGUUCACCUCCGUGCAAUCGUAAUGAAGAAAGUUUGAAUCAAUCUCAAAGUUUAAGUGAAAAUGGACCAGAAGACAGAGGUCCAGGACCUCCUACUCCAUCUGAUAAACUUGUCACAGGGGCUUCGUGCAAAGCCCUACGCACUGCGGUUUCAACUCUUUACCCUAUAGACGAUUUUAUCAAAGAAAAAAUUGCCUUUGGCUUUUUCUCCGAUGUCUUUAAGGUGACCCAUCGUACGACUGGGGAUGUGAUGGUCCUCAAGAUGAACCAAUUAAGAUCGAACCGUCCAAACAUGCUUCGGGAAGUGCAGCUAAUGAAUAAAUUAUCACAUCCGAACAUUUUGCGAUUCAUGGGCGUCUGUGUCCACGAGGGCCAAUUGCACGCACUGACUGAAUACAUAAACGGCGGCUCCCUUGAGCAGCUCAUACUUUGCAAAUCGGAAAAUUUAUCCCUUAUUAAUAAAGUUUCACUAGCCAAAGAUAUAUCGAUGGGCAUGCAAUAUUUACAUACCAAAGGCGUCUUUCAUCGAGACCUGACUAGCAAGAACGUUUUAAUUCGUCGUGAAGCCAGUAAGAUGACUGCGGUAGUCGGAGAUUUCGGCCUAGCGGCGAAAAUACCUCACAAUAGGACUGAAUUUCGUUUACCAACGGUGGGCUCCCCAUAUUGGAUGAGCCCCGAAUGCUUGAAAGGAGAAUGGUAUGACGAAAGCAGCGACGUCUUCUCCUACGGCAUCGUACUUUGCGAAUUAAUAGCCAGGAUACAAGCAGACCCAGAUAUUUUGCCUAGGACUAACAGUUUUGGAUUAGAUUAUUUUUCAUUUAUUGAAUUAUGCCCUCCGAAAGAAACUUUGCCAGCAUUUCUUCGUCUUGCCUUCAAUUGCUGCGUGUUCGCCCCAUGUAAUCGGCCUACGUUUUUUGAAAUUGUUUCUAAACUAACUGCAAUUUUAGAAGAUUUGAGAAAUGGGGAAGAUUCAAGUAAAAACUCAUAUAACAACGAUAUUAACACAUCAAAGAAGAUGAGUAAUAAUGAAUUAUCAGUCUAUCCCAAAAAUGAUCUUUUCAAUUACAAGGAUAUAAAGCUGAGUAUCGAUGCCAAAUUAGAUGUUUAUCACAAAAGGAAUUCUGUGGAUGUGCCAACCCUGAUUACAAACGCUGCCAAUGAAAUUUCACAAAUUAAUUUAGACAAAUCAACAAAAGAUUGCACGGAUAAAAAAUAUCAUCAUAGACGUUCGAUGUCUGCAGACGUGGGCGGAGUGCUUUUCCCCGCCCAUACGGCGCCCAGUGAGAAAGCCAGAUGUCAUCUCCUGCAGAGAUCUCCGCCGCAAUCGGAAACCUCGCUGGUCGACUACGAGAUCAAUUCGAACUACAUGGCACUCCGAAAAGUAGCCGAAAUAAUGUGUCUGAAGGACCCGGAAUACAAACCGCGCUCAAUCAAAAGUAAACUGAAUCCAUUCUCGGCACUGCGGUUCUGCGGCGUUAAAAAAAUUAUAGGCGGCUUCAAUAAUUCUUAUACCUCCGGUGCGGGUGAUCUGUUUAGUUCGUGCUUCGAAUUGCCUUCUCCGCUGUUUCAUGAUCCAAGUAGUUUGAAUGAUGUUAUGGAAGAAAAUUUAUCGAGGGCUUCCUCAAAAGCCAGAUGUCAUCUCCUGCAGAGAUCUCCGCCGCAAUCGGAAACCUCGCUGGUCGACUACGAGAUCAAUUCGAACUACAUGGCACUCCGAAAAGUAGCCGAAAUAAUGUGCCUGAAGGACCCGGAAUACAAACCGCGCUCAAUCAAAAGUAAACUGAAUCCAUUCUCGGCACUGCGGUUCUGCGGCGUUAAAAAAAUUAUAGGCGGCUUCAAUAAUUCUUAUACCUCCGGUGCGGGUGAUCUGUUUAGUUCGUGCUUCGAAUUGCCUUCUCCGCUGUUUCAUGAUCCAAGUACUUUGAAUGAUGUUAUGGAAGAAAAUUUAUCGAGGGCUUCGUCAGUUAAUGCUAAAACAAAUUCAUUACUUGACACACCUGCUUCCACUGAAAAAGUGUCAAACGAUGACCACACUGUUGAAAAUGCACUAAACCAGUACAAAAUUAAUGAAAUGCCAAACAAUGAUGUAGAAGAGGAAAGGAAUAAUGAAGCUGCUGAAGAGAACAAUGCCAAUCCCGAGUCAACUGGCGCUGUAAGUAAGGCCAAUUCAUUAUAUUCCCACCCUUUGUUUAAAAUGUGGAAGUCAAAUAUUGCAUCAUCUCAAGAUGAAUUGAACGAAUCCGAAUUGCUUUUAAACAUGAAUGAAAAUAAACACAAUUUGACCAGGCGAGGCUCAACAGAGAGUGGAUUUUUCUCCUGCUUCUAUGACGAUUUGUGCCUCCAUUCUAAACAUUGCAUAUGUUGUUCUGACAUACUCAGAGAUCCUGAGAAAAUUAAGACUGACCUUGGAAUAGAUAGUUGUUAUUUAUCAGAUUCAAAACUACCAUGUCAAUUGUGCAGCUACUGUACUUUUCCCAAGUCUAGCACUACCACAGAUUUCAAUAGCCUAUCCAGCCCUAUCACUCAUGUGGAUUCUCAAUGCAUAGAUAUUCUGAACAGGUUGUCGUUAGACUCUGAAAUAAGUGGACUGAUGCAGCAACGAAGCAUGUUAGCCAAUCAAUUGCUUUAUUGCAAUAAGAGAAGUUCUUCCAUUUAUACAGAUAGCUCUGAGGACAUAUCAAGUUUAGCUGGAUCCGAUUCUUUGCUCUGUGAUGAACGUGUCAGUUAUACAGGAUUCAACGGGAGAUCACGAUCAGCACAGAUUUCAAAGAUUGUUGAAUACUUUGAAAGGAAAGGAGCAAAUUUCAGACACUCAUCUGUAGACAGUUCAAAAUUUAAGGUUCCAUCCGAUGACCUAUUGUACUCAAAAGCCUUUGGCAGAAGUCCAUCGGACUCGAAAAAGGAUUUUGAAAAAAGGUUUAAUAUUGAUUGGAAUAAAAAUAGUGAUUAUGAUGAAUUUUGCUUCGGCUUGGAUAGUAGUACCUCAAAUCCUGGUUCUUCUCAACAAAGACUGGUUAUAUGUAAGGGUGCAGUGAAGUCAAAACUAUCAUUGUUCGACAAGGGGCUAUAAAGGGCAUUUAUGUUACUUUAUCUUAAUAUCAUUUUCAUUUACUUCAUGUGUCAAAUGUUUCC